UACAUCAAGAUGUUCGUGCUGGACGAAGCCGAUGAAAUGUUGAGCCGGGGCUUCAAGGAUCAGAUUUAUGACAUAUUUCAGAAAUUGAGUGGCAACACACAGGUGGUCCUCCUGUCGGCCACCAUGCCGAUGGACGUGCUGGAGGUCACCAAGAAGUUCAUGCGGGAUCCGAUCCGCAUCCUGGUGAAGAAGGAGGAGCUGACUCUGGAGGGGAUCCGGCAGUUCUACAUCAACGUGGAGAGGGAG